GAAGUUAAUAUAAUAAUUUCGCGCUAACUUAGCGUUUAGCAAAUAUAUCGCAUCGUCAAAAUUUGCGACAUGCGAACUUAUGGCUUUCCGAAAGAGGUAUAGCAACUAAUUCCAAGGUUUUCAUAAACCUUUGGCUGCUGGCUUGGCGUUUAAUAUACAUUUGCCUUGAACGGCAUUCGCCAUGUUGUGAACAGAUAGAGAACAGUUUGCUUCUCUCAUUAAAUGGAAUGCUUAUAUAAUUUGGAGCAAAUGGGCGAAUCGCCCUUGAAUACGCCACAGCCAAACAAGUUUUCCCCGAGACCGGAAAUGACGUGUGACUUGUUAUUGUACGAGAAGGACAGUAUAUAAACAUUCGACCGCCAUUGUAAAGUACAUUCAAAUUUUGAACCCAUCUUUUGUAAGACGUGUGUCAAUCGUUGAGAAAUGGCCUUUACAGUCACUAGUCCAAACGUCGUGUACACUGACGAGUACAUUGAAAGUCUUUAUCACUACGAAACUUCAGAAGUACGACAACGUGGUGCGAAAAUUGAAGUAAUUCCCAAGAAGACCGUUUACACGUUCAAAACAGAACGCAAAGUUCCCAAGCUAGGUUGCAUGCUCGUUGGUUGGGGUGGCAACAAUGGCACCACGCUUACGGCCUCUGUUUUGGCCAAUAAAUUGGGUCUAACAUGGAAUACGAAGUCGGGAACAAUGAAAUCGAACUACACUGGUUCGGUCACUCAAGCAUCGACAGUGAGCUUAGGCACAGGGCCAGAUGGCGAAGUCUUCGUUCCAUUAAAAGCCAUUUUGCCGAUGGUGGAGCCGAACGACAUCAUCUUCGAUGGAUGGGACAUUAAUUCUAUGAAUAUAGCAGACGCUAUGCAAAGAGCCGAAGUACUUGACUACGAUUUGCAACGACAGCUGCGUCCAUAUCUCGAGAAGCUGAAACCUCGCCCAUCAAUUUAUUGUCCUGACUUUAUUGCAGCGAAUCAAGCUGAUCGGGCUGAUAAUAUCCUCAAGGGCAACAAAGCAACGAUGGUCGAGCAAAUCCGCGCUGACAUACGUGAUUUUAAGGCAAAAAAUCAAGUAGAUAAGGUGAUUGUUCUUUGGACUGCGAACACGGAGAGAUUCUGCGAUAUUCGAGUGGGGUUAAACGACACUGCGGAGAGUUUGCUUACAUCGAUAGCAAACAACGAAGACGAAGUAUCACCUUCCUCGUUGUUCGCCGUUGCCAGUAUUUUGGAGGGCUGUUCUUACAUUAACGGGUCGCCUCAGAACACUUUCGUUCCUGGUGUGGUCGCAUUAGCGGAAAAAUACCAAACAUUCCUUGGUGGGGAUGACUUUAAAUCGGGUCAAACAAAGAUCAAGUCGGUCCUGGUUGAUUUCCUUGUAAGUGCUGGAAUCAAACCUGUUUCGAUUGUUAGCUACAAUCAUCUUGGUAACAAUGAUGGCAAAAAUCUGUCUUCGGCAAAGCAGUUCCGAUCCAAGGAAAUCUCGAAGAGUAAUGUAGUGGAUGACAUGGUCAACUCAAACCCAAUCCUCUACAAUAAAGGCGAGAAACCUGAUCAUUGUGUUGUGAUCAAGUAUGUACCAUAUGUUAAAGAUAGCAAACGAGCCAUGGAUGAAUACACCUCAGAAAUCUUCAUGAAUGGCACCAACACCCUCGUUAUCCAUAACACAUGUGAAGACUCCCUGUUGGCUGCCCCCAUCAUCCUUGAUCUUGUUAUCCUUUGUGAAGUCUGCGAGAGAAUCAAGUUCCGUGCUGGUGGUGAUACCAAAUUCCAGAGCUUCAACACAAUCCUGUCUAUUCUCAGUUAUCUUCUCAAAGCACCUUUGGUGCCGAGUGGUACACCUGUGGUAAAUGCUCUGUUUCGCCAACGUGCCUGUAUUGAGAACAUUUUCCGUGCCUGUGUUGGACUUGCACCUCAGAACAACAUGCUAUUGGAGCACAAACAUUCCACUGCUGCUACAUCUCAUACAAAAAGUACUGAAGUCUAUGAUGGGGUCUACAAAAUUAAUGGACUCAAACCUGAUCUUCCCUCAUCACAAAUUCCAUCAUUGAAGUCAAUGGUUUAGUUAUUGACAUUUAUUACUUUCUAAGGUUUGACAGUGUUUUGUUCUUGCCUUUUCUUGUUGCUAGAAAUUGUUCCACGUUUAUGUGUCUUAUAGUUCUAAGCUAUUUAUUGCUCAUAAAGCUUGCUUCAAAUCAAAAGUGAAAGCUAUCACUUAUAUGCUAACGUUUGCAUGGCGUUCUUUGGAAUUGUAUGUAUUGAAAGAUUUAUUUUAAAAAUAAGCAGAGUUAACACAUUGUAGUUAAGUGAAGAGAUUUAUAAACAUACUUUCUGUAUGGCA